UGCGGUGCUUGCUGCAGCUAGAACAGUUAGGAGGAGUGGGAUCCUGAACAUGGCGGAUCUCAGUAGUCCGGACGGCGACCCGACCAUACGUACGCUCUUGCGGCGCGUGUUGGAUACAGCGGAUUCGCACACUCCGAGACGACGCCAGAGCACUCAGACUAAUGCACAAAGAAGAAGGUCUCAAACGCCAUACUCUAAGAGGCAGGGUAGCCAGAGAAAGACAAGUACCAGAAAGCAUUCGCAUGGAACUGGGUCUGUUGGUAGAUCGGCUCGAGUUCAAGGUCAUGGGCACCUGGAGGAACAGACACCCCGGACUCUGCUGCAGAAUAUCUUGCUAACUGCCCCAGAAUCUUCCACUGUGAUGCCAAACCCAGUGGUGAAGCCAGCACAAGUACCAGAAGUGGCCAGGCCCUCCAGACGGGGAAGCAGUCGGGGAAGCCUGGAGUUACAACUUCCUGAGCUGGACCCCCCCUCAACCCUGGCUCCAGGUCUAAAAGCCCCUGGCAAAAGGAAGCAAAAGCUGAGACUGUCUGUAUUUCAGCAGGAAGUGAACCAACAGUUGCCUCUCUCCCAAGAGCAACGUGGGGCUGCUGAUGGUUCGUCCCUGGCCAGCUCCUUCAACCUCAGCUUUGUCCCAUCUGUCCAGCCCCAGACAGUGGACAGACCUGGUCUGGCUCGCAGGCGUCCGGUACGCCGACCUGUGAAUAUCGGUGCUUUUUUGCAGAAUCUGGAAAAUAAAUCCUUAACCUCUGCUCUUCCAGGUGACAGGCAUAGAACGCCUGUUGCUGCUCUGCCAACAGAUGUAGUGUUCGAAGACACACAGCCUUUCUCACAGCCCUUAGCUGGCUGUUCCCUUAGUGUGCAUCACUCUCUGCCCAACCCUUCUCAAACUGAGGUUGAAGAUGCUGAAAGAGUUGUGGGCCCCAGGACACCAAGCACUGGGACUAGGCCGCAGAGCCAAAUGAGCAGAGCUGGCUUUGGUGCCUCUCCUUUGCCCUUCUCAGAGCCACAGCCUCAGUCUCUAGAACUAAGAGAAGCAGUGGGAUCCAAGGAGGCUGAAGAGCCCAAGGAUUUAGAAGGAUCUUCAGGGGAUGAGGAAACUUCUGGCAUGCCAGCAAGUCGAGAAUUAUCCUCCAGCACCCAGGACUUACUCCUAGCCAAAGAGCCACAUCAAUUAUUUGAGCCACCCCCAUCACCUGGAGUUGCAGCCUUAUCUUCAGAGUCUGUGCCAGCCAUGCUUCCAGCCAGGACCCGCACUGCACAGCCCAGGCACCACCAAGACCCCUGCAAGGCUGGACUGAGCCACUAUGUGAAGCUCUUCAGCUUCCAUACCAAGAUGCCUGUGGAGAAAGCGGCUCUUGAGAUGGUAGAGAAGUGCCUGGACGAGUAUUUCCAGCGCCUUUGCAAUGAUCUGGAGGUAUUUGCUGCUCAUGCCGGCCGUAAGACUGUGAAGCCAAAGGACUUAGAGCUGCUGAUGCGACGGCAGGGACUAGUCACUGAUCAAGUCUCGCUGCAUGUGCUUGUGGAGCGGUACCUGCCCUUGGAGUACCGGCAACAACUUAUCCCCUGUGCAUUCAGAGGCAAUUCUGUCUUUCCUGCACAGUAGGACCAGGCCUUAGCUGGCACCUACUCUCCCUACCUUGGGCAUCUAAACAAGGUUCCUCAUCUCCUAGCACCAAUAAACUCUCACAAAUGA